GGCAGCUUGGCAGACUCUGACGUGUCCUUCAUCUUCUCUUCGCUGCCAGACAAAACUAUCCGAUUCACCCUAGAUGGUAAUGGCCCGAAAACGACGUCGUCCAUGUCUAAUAACCAUAGCACCACGACUUUCAAGCAAACAAAGCACUUCUUCCUCGAUCCUCUUCCUCGUCCUGCCCUCUUCUCUCACCUCUGCUUCAGUGUGAGUCUGUGGCAACUAGCCUCAGUAGCUCCGUUGUUUGGGACUCGAUAAAGCCAUCUUCCUCAAAUUCCUCACACCCAGAAAAACCCGACACGCCUUCGAUGGAAGCAAUGCCCAGAGCAUUUUCCUUGUCUUCUAUAAAUUCAAUUUCGCAUCCCCCAGUCCCUAAAUUUAAUCGGGAUUGAUCCCCUUUUUUGGGGUUUCGUUCCCUCUUUUAUUAUUUUUCUUGCAGGGGUUCGAUUUGUCUCCACAUGGCUCCCAUCAGUCUGAAGCAAGCCUCGAACCCCUCCUCCACUGCUCAAACGAUUGCGUCGUCCCAGGAUGCGCGCGCUCUGGUGCGUGAAACGCUUCGUAUCAGUGCCGAUUUGGCUUCAUCAUCACCGGCUGUUGCAAUUACUCAUCUUGCUGAAACGAUGUCCGAUCUUUCUUCUUCAUACCCAGCGUCAUCGGCGGCUGUGUUGGUUGGAUCGGAGUGUCGGAGGAGAAUAGGGGCAGGUGGUGGCCUUGUUGGUGCUGAGGAGGUCAUGAACCCGAGCUUUAAAUUGAUUUGUUCCGAGGAAGUUGAUGGUCGUAGAUGGAACUACGUGGCGGAGAAUGAUGGCUGUGGAGGUUUCGUGAAAAAUUCAUUCCGCGCGCUCAGUUUGCAGACUCCUCAAGCUCCUCUUGAUGAGGUAAUGUCAUUCAUAAGAUCCUAUGUUGUUCCAGAAGGUUUCCCUGAUAGUGUUAGCCCUUCAUAUGUCCCAUACAUGACAUGGCGAGCUCUAAAGCAUUUCUUCGGUGGAGCGAUGGGUGUUUUCACAACUCAAACACUUCUAAGCUCAGUUGGAGUCUCCAGAAACAAAGCUACUCCUGGAGCUGUUGCUAUAAACUGGAUUCUCAAGGAUGGUGCGGGUCGUGUUGGAAAGAUGCUUUAUGCUCGGCAAGGAAAGAAAUUUGAUUAUGAUCUAAAACAAAUGCGAUUUGCAGGUGAUCUUUUGAUGGAGUUGGGUGCUGGAGUGGAGUUGGUAACUGCAGCAGUGCCACAUUUAUUUCUUCCCUUGGCUUGUGCUGCUAAUGUAGCUAAGAAUGUUGCUGCUGUGACAUCGACAUCAACCAGGACGCCCAUUUACAAAGCCUUUGCUAAAGGGGAAAACAUUGGCGAUGUCACUGCUAAAGGAGAAUGUGUUGGCAAUAUUGCAGAUCUGUUAGGAACUGGUCUGAGCAUUUUAAUAUCCAAAAAAAAUCCAUCACUGGUGACUACAUUUGCCCUCCUUUCAUGUGGAUAUAUCCUUAGCUCUUACAGAGAGGUAAAAUCUGUUGUUUUGCAUACACUGAACCGGGCAAGAUUUAGUGUGGCAGCGGAGUCCUUCCUCAAGACAGGGCGAGUACCCACCGUACAGGAGGGUAAUAUGAAUGAGAGCAUAUUCAAGUUUCCUUGGAAAGAUAGGCCUGUUGUCCUUGGAUCAAGGUUCAAAGAUGCAUUCCAAGACCCUGGGGCAUAUGUUGCCAUCCAGCCUCUAUUUGAGAAAGAGAAAUAUAUUGUGACAUAUAACCCCUCAAAGUGUAAGGUGUAUGCACUACUCAAGGAUGAGGCAAAGUCAGAUGACAUUCUAAAAGCGGCAUUUCAUGCUCAUCUGCUUUUUCAUUUCAUGAAUUCAUUAAAUGGAAAUAAGGUUUCUUCUGUUAAACAAGUAGACGAUCUUAAGCCAAAUAUGGUGCACUCAGUGGCUGACCUUGAAGCUUAUGUUGCUGAUUCAUGCAAGAUGGUAGCAAAUUCAUAUGGGCCUUUCAAAAGGACAGCGAAGGAGCAGGGAUGGACUAUGUCAGAUUCACUUCUUAAUCCUGGUAGAGCCAGGCUCGUUUGAACUUGAUGACAGGGAUGAUAUACGCAUUCUCACCUGGAUGAUAUUGGGCUUUUAGUGCAAAAGGUCUGCCUGCUCUGGAUGUGGACUGAAUCAUCAUACUGAAGAGUAAGCUUGGAUUGAAAGGAAUGGAGCAUAAUUAAGUGAAGGAAAGAUUUGGUGUAGAUUUACAUCAAAUUUUCCUUUCCCUUCCCUUACCCUUCCCAAUUCAAAAUAUUAUCCUAUGGCCUAAAAGCGUUGUAUCUUGUGAAGCUCAAGAGAAGCCACCAUGGGAAAUCCACACAUGAGUGAAUUUUUCCGCUGGACCUCUGCGAGGGUGGCCUAUUGCAGGAUUAUGAAGGAAUGGGUUGUUACCAUAACUCUGGGUAGAGCAUUACCACUUUAUAUUUUCAUCUGAUUCAAUUUUAUGUCUUUUCCUCACUUCUGUUCUAUUCUUUUCUGGUUCCCCACACCCCCUUUUUUUUUUGCAGUAGGAUUUUUUCUGAGACGAUAAACUUGAUAUACAUGUUGGAACCUUGAGGAUCAAUGCAACGUCCACCAUUUUGCA